GGUAUAUGUGCAUAUCUAUUCAGGUAUCAAUACAUAACCAUGGCUAGAAGUUGUCAUAAGGUGCUGCCGUAUGAAGCGGAGAUAUUCUCGCAGAUGGUGGACGAAGAUGGAUUGUUGAUCAUGGGGAGGCACCUGGGCAUCCAUCGUUUAGUGAGGCAGUUUGUGAAGCUCUACAGCCAGCCAACCUCCCUAGUCAUUGUACUCAAUACUAGUCAUGAAGAACGUGCCAUGUUCAUCGACUCUAUUGCAAUUGAUGGCGAUACCCCGCUACUACCCAAGAUCAUCACCAACGAAUGCGAUGCGAAACGACGGAGUGAGAUAUACCUUUCAGGGGGAGUACUCUUCGUGACGUCGCGCAUUCUUGUGGUAGACAUGCUGAGUGCAGUGGUGCCUAUUGAGUCGCUUUCGGGGUUUCUGGUGUGCAAUGCUCAACGCGUCUCGGAGAAGAGUAGUGAGGCAUUCAUCCUGCGUCUGUUCCGAGAAAAGAACAAGACCGGAUUUAUCAAGGCCUUCACCGAGAGUCCGUCUGGCAUGGCGCACGGAUUUGCUCAAGUGCAACGAUUGAUGAAGAAUUUGUUUGUGGUCAACUUGUUUAUUUGGCCCAGAUUCCAUGCAUCAGUGGCAGCUUCCCUGACUAAACACCCCGUGGAUGUUGUGGAACUGGACAUCGAACUCACCGAAGACAUGCAGACCAUUCAGACAGCCAUCUUAGCCAUCCACAGCAUGUGCCUGCAGGAGAUCAAGCGCACAGUACCUGGCAUCGAAAUGGACGACCUUAGCCUCGAAACUGGUAUGGCUCAGUCCCAUUUGAAGUAUGGCUCGGUUGUAUUAUAUGUCGUAUUUGUCGCUUAG